AUGGCUGCUGAGGCGACGCUACAAACAUUACAAAGUGUAGUCUGGGUGCGCAACACUGUUGGCUCCCAAGUGCUGCGCGGGAGUUCGAGUCCCACUGAGGCUUCUCGGCAGACGUACGUUUACCAGCAAUUUUUAUACGGGGGGACCGCUUCGUGUGGAGCAGACCAGUACCAGGAUGAGCGGUGGAACAUUCACUCAUGGCACUGGAAAAUUUGA